AUACAUAUCUUUAUCUUCCCUCCUCAUCCUCCUGCUGCCUCGUAUUCUCCUCCUGGCUCCUAGCAAAGCUUACAGGCCCUUAGGAACUGCAAUGGACCUGAAGAAUUCCGAGCCAACCACCGUUUGCCACGUUGUGGCACUGCCUUCUCCCGGACGCGGCCACAUCAACCCCAUGAUGAACCUCUGCAAGUCACUCAGCUCAAAGAAACCCGACCUUCUCAUCACCUUCAUUGUUACCGAAGAAUGGCUCGGCUUCAUCGGCUCCGACCCCAAGCCUGACAACAUACGCUUCAGCACCGUCCCCAACGUGAUCCCUAGCGAGGGCGGCCGCGGCGCCGACUCGCCCGGCUUCUACGAAGAUGUUCUGAGGAAGAUGAGAGCUCCGGUGGAGGAGCUCCUCGAUCGGCUUGAACCACUACCAAUCACUAUUAUGAUCGCUGACACUUACAUGAACUGGGCGAUUGAUAUUGGGAACCAGAGGAACGUUCCCGUGGCCUCGCUUUGGACCAUGUCGGCUUCGGUCUACUCCGUGUUCCACCACUUUGAUCUCCUUGUUCAACACCACCAUUUUCCGGUUGAUUUUGCUGCCAUUGGAGACGAGCAUGUGGACUAUAUCCCCGGAGUUUCUUCGACGCGGAUGGCAGACCUUCCGACGUGUUUAUAUGGAAAAGGCCUAAAAGUAUUGCAUAGAGCGCUAGAAGCCGUCUCGUGGGUGCCCAAAGCACAAUGUCUUCUCUUACCAUCUGUGUACGAGCUUGAAGCCCAAGUAAUCGAUGCUUUGAAAGAAAAUGUUGCAGUGCCAAUUUAUCAUAUCGGCCCUACCAGACCUUACUUCAAGCUUGAAGAAAAUUCCUCCGCAAAAAGCUCCGGCGACGCCAACUACUUAGAAUGGCUAGAUUUGCAGCCCAGAGGCUCUGUUCUGUACGUCUCACAGGGGAGUCUGCAUUCGGUUUCAAAUUCCCAAAUGGAGGAAAUUGCUGGUGGGUUGAGCGACAGCGGCGUUAGAUUCUUCUGGGUGACUCGUGGGGAGACUUCUCGGAUUAACGAGCUCUGUGGGGAAAUGGGGUUGCUGGUUCCUUGGUGUGAUCAAUUGAGGGUGCUCUGCCAUCCUUCUAUAGGCGGAUUUUGGUCGCAUUGUGGGUGGAAUUCCACCUCGGAGGCUGUAUUUGCCGGCUUGCCAAUGCUUACCUUUCCGAUAUACUGGGAUCAGGUGACAAACAGUAAGGUGGUUGUGGAUGAUUGGAAGAUUGGGUGGAGAGUGAAGAAAGAGGUGGAGUCGGAUAAUUUGGUGGGAAGAGAAGAGAUUGAGAGGCUUGUGAAGGGGUUUAUGGAUUUGGAAAGUGAUGAGGGGAAAGAAGUGAGAAGAAAAGCAAGAGAGCUUCAAAAGAUUUGUCGGCAGGCAAUACAGAAAGGUGGAUCAACAGAUGCCAGCAUUGAUGCUUUUGUAAGUGAGAUCUCAUAUUGUCACAAGCAUUAAACAAAUUUCUGUAUGAGACAUUCUGUAGACUGUAGCAUGGGAAGCUCGGUUGGGACUUGGGAGGGCCUUCAGAAAAUGAAGUUAAAAUUCCAAACAAAUUC